CAGAAUGUCUUUAAUUCCUGAGAUGUUCAGUAGUUGGGCAUGGAUUGUCACAGGGAGCUCUAUAGCAGGCAUACUUGCUUACUGUAAUCUUCCACCUUCAUUUUGGUUUGGCUCACAAGGCUCCAGAAACCACAUAGAUUUACUGAAGAACACCCCCUUGAUCAGUUUAUUGGGCAACAAGGAUUUGACAGGGGAGGAGCUUUGGAAAAGUAGCGGGGCUCUUGUCAUGGCCAUCCGACGCCCUGGGUGAGCCUUGUGCAGGGAGGAGGCAGCAGAGCUCAGUGCUCUGCAGCCCCUCCUAGAAGAGGUUGGAGUGCCUCUGUAUGGGCUACUGCAUGAGCGUCACAGUGAGCGCGCCCUGCAAGCCUUCCGCAAAUACUUCAGUGGUGAUCUGUAUUUGGAUGUGGAGAAGCGCUUCUUUGGACCUGGUGAGCGUCGUCUUGGCAUCAUGGGGCUGCUGCGCCUGAGCCUCUACACCAAAUAUUACAAGGCCACGCAGAAGGGCGUCGAAGGCAACAUGAAGGGCGACGGAACUCUACUUGGAGCUGUGUACCUGAUCGGGCCCGGCGACACAGGCAUCCUGUAUGAGCACCGCGAGCUGGAGUUCGGCGACCACCACAACAACACGGCGCUAAGAGAAGCCCUCGCUCGGCUGCAGCAACUCAAAGAUUAACAAAUUUAAAUAACGAUUAACAGCUUUAAAUUACAGAUUAACAGCUCAAAGAUUAACAGAAUUAAAUAAAAGUUGACAGCUCAAAGAUUAACAGCUUUAAAUUAAAGAAUAACAGCUCAAAGAUUGAGCCUUCGCUCAAUGAGUUAUCAAUGUGAUCUGUUGAGGCUCAUUGACAUGAAAUAAGAAGAUAUUUCUCAAAUGCCAGACAAAUCUUCUGAUUAUUUAUGACUUUUGCUAAAUAACUUCACUAAGACUUAAAAUUGUUACCCUGUAAAUGAAUGUUGACAUAUUUUAUACAUUUAGAGGUAUAAAGUUUGUUAUGAAAUAUCUAUGUUUUUGAAUGUACGUAUAUAGAAUAUACCUUUAUCAUUAAAUUUACCGUGUGCCAAUAUUCCGCCUGCUAUAACGGCAGUGAUGCUCUCCUGUUUAGAAAAUAAACUUUAUACAAGAAUUUGAUGAAGAAAAAGCUAAAGCGUUGUGUAUGAUGCUUAGUACUUAAUGAAUGAUGUUACUUCCACAGAAAAGUUUUUGUAAAAUUGUACUACUCUUUGUGAUAAUAUUCAGAACUGCAGCUAUUUAGGCAAUUAUCUUCUCAUGUUUUGACGGCAGCCAUUUAUAUGUUUUUUGCCACUUGAUGCUCAUUUGUGACAUUGCUUCUUCAAGACAAACCAUUUAUGUUUGCAAUUUGAAGAUUUUCAAUAAUUGUGCUUUCCAAGCAGUAGCAAAAUUCAAGAAAAUUUAGAUUGGAAACAGGAAGGUAUUCGAUGAAAAAUUAACCGUUUCUAUAUUUUAGUUGCAUUCUAAAUUGUGCGACUAUGACUGCUUGGUAGUACGGCUGACAAGUAGAGAGUAACUUACAAAAAAGUUUUCAUAACCAUAAAAGUGUCCACGUACUACCAGCGAGCUAGUUAACGCUAUUUUGGUGGUUUUAUCUAGUCCGUUGAUUUGCGCUCAAAAAUCAUCUUCACAGUUUCCCUUUCAAGUCUUUUCCAACUGAUUUUUCCGGUGGUUUAUGGAAUAAUGAUGUAAGCUUUAUUUGUUGGUAUAUUUUAAUAGUUUAUUUUUGUUAGUUAUCUAUGAACGAGGGCAACUUGAAUGUCGUCUACGACAGUCCGUGACUGUCCAACUGCCAUGAUGACACACACAGAAACACUUACGUGCUGUGUAUGUUGGAAUAUUGUCAAUGGUUGGAUCGUUCCUGGAAUGUGUGUUGAUGGCAUCAGCUGUUGCUUCAAUGCUUUUUGUGUGGUGAAUUUAUUGACGUUGUCUUCAAUUAAUGAGUUUUAUCUUAGCUUUGUUUUGAUCAAUUGAAUGCCAUUGUAUUAUAUUUUCUGAUGUUGGGUCAUCACAUCGUCAUUUGUACUUCAAAUUUCCCCAGAGAUUACUAUCAUUCAAACUAUAAUACAACCGAAAUAAUUCAAAUUUGACUUAAUUGCUAUAUUUGCUGUGUAUUAGAACAUAUCGGAUAACGCUCGUAAAAAAACGAUGAGAACGAGUUUCCACCUUAAAUGUGAGAAUGAUAAUAAGGUAUUAUGUUUAGAUAAAAUUUUAUAAAGAUAAAAUUCUAUUUUUUCAGCAGCUAAGAAUUUUCGUGGACAAAAAUGAGUUAAAUUUGAAAAAAUAAACGUAAAUUGUCA